UCAAAACAGUAAGACCGAGGGAACGAAAGCGGCGUAGUUUCGAAAAUGAAAAUCGCAUUAACUAAUUCACCAGUUUAGUUUAUGGGAAUUGUGCAACAAUCUACCUGAAGAUGGCUGAGCUUGUUCUUUACGAUAUCACCCACAGCAAGACCAUUGCUGUGCCGGAAGAUGAUCAACAUUUUGGCCGUCAUCUUUUCUUUGAGUGCGACGAUAAACACGUUUCGCGUCACCACGGUCUUAUCAAAUCUGUUAAGGAGGGAGAGAUAAGAACGGUUUUCAUCAAAGCACUGCAUGAAACCAAUCACUUAUAUUACCGUCGCAACAAGUGCGCCGAACUGUUGGAGCUGGCAAAAGACGAAGGCGUUUCGUUGAAAGAGGGCGACCAGUUCGGGCUUCUAGAAAAGUUCUUCUGGUACGAGGUGAGAGCGAAGGAAGAUGGUAUGAAUGAGGAAAACACGCAACCAGCGGAACCUCUGCAAGCGCAGUCCGGCGAUGAGGUGAACAACAACGAUACAAGGAUGCGAACUUCGACAACCAAACGCAAGCCCGAUGAACUUCCUAAUAGCUCUGAGGAAGCCAGGAGUAGCAAACGGAAUCGAGCAAACAGUGAGGAUCAAUUGCCUUGUUCCUCAACGUCGUCAGAUACAACAGAACCCGUAGCCGCCAACGAUAGUGGCCCACAAAGUAUCAAAACUGAAACAGCUUCGCCUACGUCGACGGUAUCCGUAAAGCCUGAUCCCGAUGCUGCGGGAUCUGUCAAGCCCGAUCCCGAAGCCGCGGGAUCGGUCAAACCUGAUCCUGAUGCCGCGGUUGACUCUAAAGAUGGUAUCUUCCAACUACUUCCUACACUACCGGAUACAUCCACACUGCGGCCAUCGUGUGAAUUUGGUAUACGUUGCUAUCGUGGUGGCAGGGAUCAUCGUGACCAGUUUGCACAUCCGGGUGAUCGUGACUAUCGCAGACCAUACUUUCCUCCGGCUCCGGCAGAUGCACCAUUCUGUCCCUAUGGCGCCAGGUGUUACAGAAGAAACCCGCAGCAUUUUGUCGACUUUCAACACUACGAUUCGAGUACCAACACUCCGGGAACUACACAGAAUCCGACAGCUACUAACCGGCAACGUACUGCUGCAACGUAUUUCGGGGUUGGAGGCAGCCCAUUGUCUGAUGAGGAGGAAGAGGACGAAUCAAUGCUCGAUUUCGGUGGCUCCUCGUCGGACGAUUACAUGCCAGUAUCUGGAGACGAUGGCGACAGUGACGAUUGGGAAUCCAACAGUAACAUCAGCUCGGUUGAGGAGUGAAAUAAAUCGCAGGCGUUUACAAAAGUACAAAAAAAAAGUUUUAUACAGUAAUAAGCAAAUUUUGAUCCAUAUUGGAAAGAAAUUGAAGAGCACAGAACUGGAAAGAAAUUGGUUUGAACUAUAGACUGCUGCCGAGCCUCUGUCUCAAUAUCUCGACCUUAUCGGCCAGCCAGCCCCAUUGCUUGGCGCUCAUUACGGCGCAUUGUUUUUGUAGAACGAACGUCUAUUUGGGCAUCUUCAAGCGCCAGCACCGCGUCGAGUUACGAACCAACAACACCAACGCUGCCCGUUGUUCCGCGUAUUUUUCACCGUCUUCGAUGCCUCUGAUCCGCGACUGAAGGUUGACCGCUCGACGCUGGCAAUUCGCCAGGUAUAGAAUGGUGUGACCUCUAUGAGGCAAGCGUUACAGCAUUCACAUUGAAAAUCGAAUCUCUAUAUCUUUGACUCGUUAAUACGAGCUCAACAAUAAAAACGUUUUCUUUCCGCCUCAUCUACUGCCUCCGCUAUCCUUUGCCUACAACAUAAAAAGAAGAUCAUACCAAUUUUGUAUAUCUUAAUGGUUUUUUACGAGAUGAAGGAAGUUUACAUAAAUGCUAUCAAAUGAUAGUGUUGAUUUUUCAAUUAGCGAUGAUAAUUUCGAUUCGAUAGCGUGAAUUUCGACGCGAAUUGAUGCAUGUGGGGUUUCUUUGAUGUAAUUACUUUAUUCGUUAUGGUUAUGUGAACGGUGAUGCAUUAUUGAAACAUUGUAAAUGACUACAAUUACAACAAGUUUAUAUUUCAAAUUAAACAUAUGCAAUAAAAUGAUUA